CCCUACGAAAUCGCAUCGACCCAAAAGUAGGCGGAAGGAAUUUUUGUGUUGUUAUUUCGUCGCAAUCGUGAAUUUUUCAUCCCAAAACGGAUUCAUACGCAUAAUCAGCCAACUGAUAAGAGAGAAAACCAUUCCAUAAUUGUUUUCCCAAAACGAACAACCAGCAGGGGCAUUGUUGACGUUGUGCAAAAGAAUAGACCUUCUUCCCGUAGUGGCUCAGAACCAGCUGAAGCUUUCACUUGGGCACAGAACCAACAGAAUGACUCAGUGUGUGGCUGGUGUAUGAAAUUCGAUCCCAGCAGUCUAGCGACUCGGUGCCAGCAUAUUUUGCGUUCAACAAUCCAACUUACUGAGAAGCAAUCGCCAGAAAUUGAAAAUACCCAUCCAGAAAUUGCGGGAGCAGAUUGUUACCAACUCCCGAAAGCAGCUCCCGGAAUCCCGUCAACGUUGUAGCAAUAGACACCGAAAAUAGCAACACAACGACAGGUGGAAAAGAUGAGUUACGCUUCAUUCGACAAUAAUGCCACGGGCAAUUCGAACAUCACCAAUGAGGCGGACUUUCAGAAAACGGCCCAAAUCGUGGUGGCCAGCAUCCAGAAGAUCCUGCAAAAUGUGUCGUCUAUGCAGCGUAUGGUCAACCAGUUCGGCACAGCACAGGAUUCGCCUGAGCUUAAACAACAGCUCCAUCAGAUACGGUCCUACACACAGCAGCUGAUAAACGACACGACCAACCAGCUGAACGAUCUGGUAAACUGCAAGGAACGUCACCUAAAGAUCCAGCGGGACCGGCUGGUGGACGAGUUUUCCACCGCCCUGAACGCGUUCCAAGCGGUCCAGCGGAAAACGGUCGAUCUGGAGAAGAAUGCCGUCCGGCAGGCGCGACAGGCGAGCGGGGCCGCGAUGGCGAUCAACAAACCGCCCGGCUCGCACCACUCGAGCAUGGGCUCGAACUACAACAACACCUCGAACAGUGGCGGCGGGUCGUCGAUGUUUGAGGAUAACUUCAUUACCGGUUCCCGGGGACAGACACAGGAGCAGAUGCAGGAGGAAAUCGAUCUGCAAGCGCUGGAAGACCAGGAACGGACCAUCCGCGAGCUGGAGGAGAAUAUUGUUAGCGUUAAUGAAAUUUACAAAAAGCUCGGUGCACUCGUGUACGAACAGAGCCACCAGGUGGACUCGAUCGAAGCGUCCGUCGAGCAGACGAGCGUGUUCGUAUCGGAAGGUGUACAGCAGCUUAAACAGGCCAGCCAUUAUCAGAACAAAGCCCGCAAGAAGAAGCUGAUUCUUGCGCUGAUAGCAGCCGCAAUAUUAGCGUUCAUCAUUCUCAUCAUCAUUCUGAAGCACUAAUGCGCUGCAGUAAAAAGAAAAAAAAAAGGAAAAAUAAGUUGAAACGGCGGGAGAAUCUAUGUUA